CUUUGGUUGGCUUUCAGUCGUUCCAAAAGUAUCUUCUGUCGGUCCGUGGGCUUUUUAGAAGACCAAAGCGAAAUUCCCUUCCCUCUCCCGACGAUCUGGUCGACCAUUUGAAGAUGACCAAACCCGCAAAACAACAUCAGGCCACUUUAGCUUGGUGCAAGUCCCAACAAGAAGAACUACAACGGUACCCAGUCGCACAAUUGUGAAGCACAAACGCCUUGAGGGUUGAGGGAAACGAUGACUGACGAACUGGAUACAAUUUUUGACUGCCGCCGCUCUGGGAUAAAAUACCCACCACAAUCCAAAGAGGGGAAAGAGGUUCCCGUCUUGAUUUGUUUGGCAGGGUUCCCGGACUCUGCGUCUGUGUGGGAGCCUUUGAUAUCCCAAAAAGAACUUCAGAGUACCCAUCACAUUGUCGCUUUGGGCUUGCCUGGUAUGCACAGAGAUUCCCUCCCAGAUGACCACCGCUGGGGAUACUCUCCAAUGGAAAUUCUGGUGGAGCUGCACAAGGUCGUAACCAAGGUCCAGGAAAUGCACCCGGAGAAAAAACCAACAAUAGAUCUCUGUGCUCAUGAUUGGGGCUCAAUCUAUGCUUACAUCUACGUGCAACAGCAUCCAGAGAUCAUUCGCAAAUUUGUUUCGCUGGAUAUUGGAUUGAUGGAAGCAAACGAGAUGCCUUUUGGGAAUACGUUGAAAACUGUGGCCUAUUUUCUCUGCUUUGCUCUUGCUUUCAUUGUGCGAAACCUCAUUUCUGCUUCAAUCGCAUCCAAGGUGAUCGAGUUGUAUCCCUGGAAAUCAAUCGGGCCGAUGACCAGCGUCGAUACUAGAAUUUUCCUGCAGACACCCAAAAACAACCCACACACCUGUUAUCCGUACUUCCAAUUCAUCAAGGGAAAGCUCACAAAGCUUGACUUGAAGAACCCAAUCACAUUUGACAAAAUCAAAAGCGUCCCGCACUUGUUUCUUUUUGGUACGAAGAAGGACAUCAACUAUCACUCGUCUGUUUUUCUCCAUAACCUUGACCAAACACCUGGUUGCUCGUGGAAAUCCUUUGACGGCGGCCAUUGGUUCUAUGCUGAUCCAAAGCACUCGCAGGAAGUUGCCACCGUCAUGUCCACCUUCUUUCAGCUUGGGUGAAGGGUUUGCAGAAACUUCAUUGUUACGAACUCGGUGACUACCGUACCCCAGUGAGAGCAGUGUCAUUAGGUGUGGUCUCGAGGCAAGUGAGAAGCGAUAAUUCACAUAACAAUUCUUUCCCUAAUUAUUCCACCAGUAUCAUCUAUGAGGA